AUGGUUCUCUGCCAAGCUCACCUUCAACCUCAUGGAGAGGGAGUGUGGGCAGGAAUAUGCUUUGUAAGCUUUGACAGGUAUCACACAAAACCCGGCUGCAAGAUCGCUCUCGACAGGGUCGUGUCGUCCUACAGCUCGUCCGUCAAGGCGAUUAUCCAUACUCGCCAGCAGCGCCAGGACGUGAGGGCCAAAUCAAGCAACGGCGUCGUUCUCGUCUCGAUAAAUGAGACGCCAGGCAUGAGCCCAUUGAAGUAUCCAGCCGACGAGAUCAACGCCGUGCGGUCGGUGUGCGUCUCGGCAGGCCUAUCAGCCGUUCGGCCGCGGCCUUGCCAGGCGGAGACGCUAUCAGCCUUGACAGCCUGUCGAGUCUUUCACUUUGCCGGCCACGGUGGGACGCAUCCAGACCCGUUGCACAGCCGCCUAUGCCUCGAGGACUGGCAGGACCACCCUUUGACGGUAGCGAGCCUGUUAGAGACGAAUCUCCGCGCGGGUUCGCCCUUUCUCGCCUACCUCUCGGCCUGCGGGACCGGCCAGAGCUUGGACGAUGAUUUAGCCGAUGAAAGCAUCCACCUCACGAGCGCGUUCCAGCUGGCGGGGUUCCGGCACGUCAUCGGCACGCUGUGGGAGGUUGACGACCAGUUGUGUGCAGACAUGGCCAGAAUGAUAUAUAAGUUCCUGGGCGAGAAGGGACUCGAUAAUACGUCGGUCAGCAGCGGACUCUACUAUGCCACUCGGACGCUUCGAGAUCGGUGGGUGGGGGAGGAACGGCACGCCGGGCUUGGGGUCAGGGGGGAAAGAGACGCUGAGUUGUGCGAGGACGCAGCGUCAAGGGCGCUAUCUUGGAUUCCCUACGUUCACUAUAGCGUCUGA